AUGGUUGCUGUUUCUUCCCGCCUUGCUGUUCUGGUCGCAUUUGCCUGGUUUGCGGGUGUCACAGGUGCCCCAGUUCAGGAUACCACUUCCAACGACCUUAGCCACCGCGCAACUCACUCGGAUCGUGCCCACAAACAUUCUAAGCCUCCGGUAAUCCCCGCUCCGAAGGGCCACAAGGCGGCCAAGGGACGUAGCCAUAAGCAGCUUAAAGAGGCUCACAAGCGCUCAGCCGCCAACAUGUUUGCAUCAAAUCCUUUUGCCAAAAUGGCCGCAUUCGCCAUGAAUGGUCCAGCCCGGCGUCAGGGUGGCAGCAUCUCCAAACGCCAGCAGGCCCUGCUCUCAGCGUCAGCUACGAGAUCGCACUUGGGUCGUCGGGACCACGAUCACGAUCACGACCAUGAUGACCACCACCGCCACCACCACGAUGAAGAUGACGACGAUCACCAUCACCAUCACCAUCAUCAUGGCCGUGACUUUCUCAGGCUGAAAGCAGGUGGCGAGCUUGAAAUCACUAUCAGUCGUAGAGAUGAGAGCACCAAAGGCGCUACAGGAACAGUGGUCAUCAUGAGCGGAUCUACCAACUCGCCGGAUAAGACCUUGGCCUCUAUGUGUAUGGAGCCAGCAGAGGGCAAACUUCUCCUUGAUGCUUGCGAGAAGAAGCAGACCGAGAUGAGGAUGGUCCACGUGUCAAGCGCCGACCCAGAGAACAAUUCCGACAAGGCCGUCCAAUUACAGGUUCCCGUCUAUAACAAAGAUUAUAUGUUGACGCAGGACUACUGUGCUACAUAUGACAGGGACCCGCCAGCGACGGGAAGCCCGAUAGAGAUGCGUCCAUGUGGGGAAGAGAAUCAGUCAAAGAGUCAAAUGUUCUCUUUCAACCCAGAGACCAACGAACUACGGCCUGCCAAGUUUAGCGCUGCUAACGAUGCAUCGGGUAUCGCUCAGGUUAAGGAGGACAAGGGCGGGCUUGCUCAACGUGCCGAUGCGGACAGCGUCCAGAUGAAAUUCGUUCCUACGAACGAAGAAAUACCGGAGCCGUCGAGCACAAGCGCGGGAUACACAAGUACUAUCACAGCCACCGAAACCUCCACCUCAACGGCGACCGUGACAGUGUCUGCGACUCCCGAUACUUCGUCAUCAUCCUUGAUGACGGAUACUUCCGCGACGACGUCCACAACGGUAGCGCCUUUGGCCUCCUCGACUAUGCCUGCAGCGCUUGAUAUCAUUCUGGAGACCCCAAGUUCCGCCAGUGCUCCUUCAGCUUCUUCAACUUCAGUUGAGCCCACUGCAACGUCAACUUCUUCCACCACAGCGCCCACUGCAGAUGUUUCUGCGACGUCAACUUCCGUGGAUGCUGCUGCAGUCGCGUCCAGCAUUGCCGUAGGCGGCGGAUCAUUUUCUGGGUCACCACAUUCCUUACCACCGACACUCCUUCACAGAACUGCAGUCAUGAUCUCCCACAGACGUGCACCAGCAACGCACAAUCGCAAAUUCGCCAGGGUCCCAGCUGGAAUUCGCCUUCACCCCCGGUUCAGCCCAACGGCCAUCUAUCCAGGCAUGACUGAGACGGAUCUGGAGCCGACUCCUACUUCAACGCCCCCCAGCGUCACUCCUCCCUCUACACCGGUAACGACCUCGGGUCCUGUCACCACUCCCAACCCAGUCAAACCCCCGCCCCGACCUGUUACUACAACGCCCGCUGCUAACCGUCCAGUCACACCAGUUGUUCCGACCACGACCGCGACCACGAUCCCUCCCACUGUGGCUGUCCCUACUGUCCUCCCCACUACUACAGAAGGAGCCGCUGACGCUGUUCUUAGCACCCCUACUACCACGACCCCACUGACAUCCGUUGUAGUUGCAACGCCAGUCUCAAAUGGUGGAACGACAACAUCCUUGCUAACCCCAUUGUCCACAUUGUCAAGGAAUGUCGCUCCCGCUCUUGGGACAUCCUCCUCUUCUGCCGCCAUCGCAUCCUCUUCUGCAGCGCCAGACUCAGGGCCAUCUAGCUCAAGCACUGGCGCCAUAGUUGGGGGUAUCGGAGCCGGACUUGUGGGGGUUGCACUUGUCGUGUUUGGGGUGUUUUAUGCAGUUCGGCGUUGGCGCAAGCGUAGUGAUGAAAAUGCCUUUGACCCGGAUAGCUUCCGUCGUUCCGCAGUCCUUAUGAACGACCCACCCACCCACGAGGAUACAGUUAGCCGUGGAUAUAACCCACGUCCACCAAGCAUGAUCGAACGCAAACUCGCCAAUAGUACUCCCGUUAAUGCUGGGUACGGCGGCCCUCACGGUGGAUACGGUGCCACAGGAUACAAUAACUACGGCUCAUUCGGUCCUGGCGAAGUAAUGUCUCCCCCACCCACCUCUGGGUCUCCUGAUUAUCAUUACAACAACAAUGCCGCAUCCUACAAUGCUGUCUCGCCGUAUGCACAAUCCCCUUUCACCCCUGCUUCUCCCGGCUCUCCGCAUGUCGCGCCAUAUGACUCUGCUUACUCCCACGUCGCAGGCGUAGGUGCCGCAGGCGUACUCAAUCGACAGCUCUCUGCCGGCCCCGUCCAUGGAGACCACUUCAACCGGGUGCCAUCUUAUGGUCCCGACGAUAGGCAGGGUCAUGCGUCUCUUGCCACCGUUAGUUCCGCACCACAAGGCGACUACGUCGACCUCACUCGCUCGAGCGUCAGCCCGUAUCAAGCGACCCAAUAUGCCGAGAUAUCUAAGCAGCUGAACACGGCUGUUCCCGCCGGUUUGAGCACACCAGCCGUCAAUCAAUAUAUGGAUGCUGUUGCUGCAGAACCGUCUCCGUUCGCCGAUCCUGAACCAUCCCGCUUCUCCAGAGCCUUACCAUCGCCUUACGACCAACCCGCUCCCUCCCCAUCCUCUGACCUUGAAUUUCCUGCCCCGCCCACCCCCGCCGCUGUGCAACAUGCUCGCGUUGAUUCUAUCCCGCCGUCCCUCCCAGAGAUCCAUGUUCAGGCCCGGGUUUCAGGUUACGAUGACUUCAACGGACAGAAGGACAGAUUCCCUACGACCCCCGUCCCUAGCCCCCUGGCUAGCAGCCUAACUUUCGAGGCACCAACCGCGGCCGUGGCCCCAGCUCAAGGACAACCACCUGCUGCAAACGAAGCCCCGAAGGCUCCUCAACCUAGCGCUCCUGCGCCUGUUCAACGCCCCACUCCGCCAGCCAGCGACAGACCUGCUACUGUCUAUGACGAAGGCGACGCCUACGGUGGCUUCUAA